AUGGAGGACGUCGGCCGCUUCGAUCUACAGCUUGACGACCUGUUCGGCCGUGUAACCGAGCUCCUUGAGGGCGCCCGUCAGCUCGCCCUGGUUGCUCGGGCUCUUCUUGGGGCCGGACACAGCCUUCAUCAGACCCGGGGGUCCGCAGACAAACAGCUUGAUAUCGCCCGACGUCGGCUCGGGCAGCACCUCCUUCAGCAGGUCCUUGGUGAUGUAGCCCUUGGAGCCACCGGUCCACUUGUCGGAGGGCGGCUUCUCCAGGACGUAAAAGACGCGGAACUGCUGCGGGUACGUGUUCUCGAGCUCGUUCAGCUGCUUGCGCAGCAAAAUGUCCUCCUCGGCGAUGUUGCCAAACACCAGCGUCACCUUGGUCUUAUCGACGCCCGGGUUCUUGAAGAUGGCCUGCAGCAGCUGGUACAUGGGCGUGAUGCCGGUACCGCCCGCCAGCAGAGCAAUGUGCUCGUGCUUGUUGGGUGCCCAUGGGUACUUGGUGAUGGGACCCUUGAUCUCCAGCUUCUGGCCCGGCACCAGCGAGUGGAUGUGCGUCGACAUCGGCCCGCCCUCGUACUUCUUGACGAGCAGAUCCAGGUGGCCGACCGCGUCGUCGUCACUGACCGCAGUAUACGGCCGUACCACCGGCUUCUCUGCACCCUCUGGCUUGAAUUUGGUCAGCAGCGCCGAUGCUGCGUGCAUCCCCGACACGCUGUCCUCCUCCGGCAGCUUGAACCGGAACUGCUUCGUGUUGUGGUUGAGCGUCUCGACGCUCUCCAGCUCCAGGCUCAGGAAUCCCUGGCUGCCGCCCCUCACGGCUUCGGCUUACCUGUCUCAGCGGCGCUGCCGACUGAAGCGUACGGAAUGCGGUGCGCGCAAACAUGGCGACUGUAUUUGCAGAUAAAGACGUAA